AUGCACACUUAUUUUCUUGGGUUAAGCUUGGUGGGCUACGACUCUUUGUGGGGGCGAAUGAUUCGCUGCGGUGUAGCGAGAGAGAUCGGGAAGGUGAAGCAGACGGGAAUAUUCCCCAACGGCGACAUGCUUCGAACCAAUUUCACCGGCUUCCAGAUGUUUGACAAGCUGCUCAUUCCAGCAGUCAUCUUUUACAACAACAUUCUUAGCAAUGGCCUACGUGCAGACCGUAUGCUGCUGGUCAGCCUUUUUACCACUAUGCAGACAAUGUCGCAUUGUAUGCUUGUCUUGGGUUGGAGCCGGGGCAAAAGAUGGCCCUGGACGAACAUUGAGCACGUAUUUUGGGGAGUCUUCAACCAGGCGUGGGGUGCCGCGGCUGUCUAUCCUCUUUACUGCUUCGCCCAUGUCCAAAGGUUCUUGGAGGAGGAGAAAGACCAACCAAAAGACCACGAGAUUGGUCCUUCAAAACCGGAAGAAGCCUUUGCUCUAGUACCAACCGCGAUUUUGGGAGCAAUUACACCCGCGAUGCUUGUGUUUCCAGCAUUUACUACAACCUGUUUAUCAAACCAAAGACAAGGACUGAUAGCUUUAUAUCGCUUCACUCCACUCGCACUCACAUUUGUCCAUCCUUUAUUCGUCUGGAUUCAGAGCAAAAUUUCACGGUCUCCCCACUUGAAAGUUAAACAACCCACAUCGAAGAACUUUGUCGCAGCAUCUUUGCUCAUUUCGGGGUCUACUGCCGCGGUGGGGCAUGUGUGGGCGUUGGCAUGUUCAGAACACGGGAUGCGUCGGACAUUCGUGCCCGCUGCCUCCAUCAACGUAGCAUCCCCUUCUGUCAUUGCUGAUGGUGCUCGAGAUUUUCUCCAACGGGAUAUCUUCAUUAUCACGGCAGCUUUGGUUCCGAUGACUGAUCUUAUCCUCAGAUCAUCUCGCUCAUCCAAA